CCUUCCUGCCUCCUGCGGUUCUGAGACGCUCAGGGGAGGAGGUGGCCUCCCACGGCGGCCCCAAGUGCCCCUCUGAGCAGAAGCAGUUAGGCCUGAUGAGCUGAAUGGGGCUCUCCCGCAGCCUAGAUGCCAUCAUCACGGUCAGCGUCCUCUGGGCCGGAGCCGCACAGUCCGGAGAAGCCCAAGGGGCCACAGACCCCUGGGCAGUCCAGGAAGUCCAACAGCAAGGAUGUGCCCAGCACCCCCCGGGAGGACUCCAAGCCCGGCUUCGGCACCUUGCGGCGGGCCUUCUCCCGAGUGAGCCCCCAGGCGCUGGCGCAGAGCCCUGAGGACAGCGUGGGCCUGCUGCGGCGCAGCUCCCGCUUCCUGAUGCGGUCCAUCCGGCGUCCCCUGACCAGCAAGCCGACUGCUGACCAGACCCAGGUCGCCUCCGCACCAGGGGCGGCCCCGGGCCCCGGGGUGCCCGCCAAGGUCGGCGGCGGAGUGAGCAGGCAGUCAUCCCUGGGCGCCAGGCCGGAGGACGCAGGCCCCGAGACAGACAAAUCCGUGGCUGACCUCAUCACGGAGCGGCAGCUCUUGGUGGCCUUCCAGCAGCUGCAGGACGUGGAGUCGCAGCUGGUGACCCGCAGAAACUCACACACCUUCCAGCAGGACCCCACGGGCUUCGCGCGCCAGGCCAUGGACGUGUGUCUGCACUACGACGCGCUGGCUGCCCAGAUUGGCGCCAUCGUGCGCGAGACGCUGGGCCCCGACGGCGUGGACGCGGCCGCGCUGGCCGAGCUGACCCGCGUGGUGUGCGCCGAGGAGGCGGCCCACCCCGCGCCCCCCGCCGACGGCGACUUCCUGCGCACGCCGCGCCGCUGGCGCCAGCUCUGGGAGGAAGCCGUCCGCCAGAGCGCACAGGAGCGCGUCCUGCAGGCCGGCGCGCCGGAGAGCCCCGGGGCGGCCGAGGGCGCCUCGAACCUGGCCCGGCUGCUGGCGGACCUCGGCGCCGUGGUCCGCCGGGACCUGCAGAAGGUGCAGCUGGAGGUGCAGCCGACCUACGCGGCCGCGGGCUUUCCCGCCUGGGAGGUCUACCUGCGCGCCUUCCACGGCGCCGUGGCCCAGCGCCUGCAGGAGCUCGCCACGGACGCGCGCGGCUGCGAGCAGCUCUACCUGCUGCUGGACUGGGCCGCCAACGUGUACAGCAGUCCUGAUUUCCUGGGUGCCCCAGACCUGGCUUUGCCCGCAGAGCCGCUGCCCCCACUCCUGGCCCCUGAGGUGUGGGCCCGGCUGGAGAGCGACUACACCAGCUUCCUUGAGACCAAGAUCUGGAGCUGCUUCGAGAACAUCUUAGAGCUGGAGCGGAGCCGCUGGGGGGACCCCGAGACCCCCGAGGUGCUGCAGGGCCACUACCACACGCCGCUGUCCCUCGACGUUCACAUGCUCGUGGCGGAGCACGUGAAGGCGGCCGGGGCCAUCUCCCCAGAGCUGGAGGCCACCACCCAGGGAAUCUGUGCCCGCGCACUGGGCCUCUUCCUGCCCAGCUUCGAAAAGGCUUUUCUGGCGUCGGGGGAGGUGAGCGCACCGCACCUGGGCGCCAGCAUCAACGCCCUGGAGGAGCUCAGGACCAGUCUUCCGGCCAAGUUCCCAGGAACUUUUGAGGGGCUGCAGAAGCCCCUGGUGGCUGCCACCGGCACCUUCCAGAAGCACCUGCUCCAGGGCUUGCAGCGUGAUGUGCAGCCGCUCUUCAGCGCCGUGUGCACCAAGGACUGGCUGACGCAGGACCCGCUAACGCCCCUCAUGGACAAGGUGGUGGCCUUUGCCCGCCAUCUCGAGCACGUCGUCCCGCCGCGGGGACAGGAGAUUCUGCAGGAGGCGCACCGAUACGUGGUCCGCGAGUACCUGGCGCAGGUGCUGAAGCCGCGCGAGCGCUUCCGAGGCCCCGCGCGAGUGGCCGGCUCCCAGAAGAUGGGCCAGGAGGCCCAGGCCAUCCACAACACCUUCCAGGGCUUGGGAUCUGAGGCCGCCUGGCUGGGCCAGGCCAUCCCGCGCGUGGCGGACAUACUAGGCGAGACUCACAAAGCCAACAUCCAGAAGCACCUGGAGAAACUGAUCGGGAGCUACCCCGACAUCAGGCGAGACCACGUGCUGGCCAUCCUGGCCCUACGCCGCCUGGGCCGCCGGCGGAACCACGAGCUCCUGCAGCGCGCCCAGGACCUGCUAAGGGCCGCCGCCAAGUCCAGGGGUGCCGAGGCCCUGGAGAGCCACGUGCUUUUCGAGGAGAUCGAGGUGCCCAACUCCAUGGACCUGCUGAUCACCUGCAUCUAGCCGCCUGGCCCUGGGCUUCUCCUAGGGGUCUGGGAAGGCGCAGCCCCCAGCUGCUGAGGCACUCUCUGCCCUGCCCAGCCCGAAGUCCUCGGUCCAGGGAUUUUGUCUCCAGCUCAGCAGGGCUGCUGGCUGGGCCACAAGGAACAUCUGGGACAGGCAUGACAGGCAUCUGGGGGGCGGAGCAGAGGGCCCCUCCUGCCACCCAUCAGGACUGCCUCCCUGCCCAGCUGCCCGGCAUCACCACUAGUUUGAAAGUACAGUAUUUAUUUUUUAA